AUGCCCGGCUGCUGCAAGCCAUUGACAGAGAAGGAGCGACUUUGCGAAACGCACAACAUCCGCGAGCUCCGUGAGGUCUGCAAGGGACUAGGCAUGACAUGCAGAGGCACGAAAGAUGAGAUCCUGGAGCGCAUCUUACCGCGGUUGCAGCAGGAGGCAGAGACUGCGGGGCGCACGCCGCGUCAGCAGGUCCAGCUCCACCUCAAGCCUGAACCGCAGUCGCGCAAGCAAGAGGUGAAGCUCGAGAUCGACCCGGAGCCGCAGCUGCGCGCGCAAGCAGUGAAGCUUGAGAUCAAUCCAGAACCUCAGCCGCCCAUGGGUCCGGUGAACCUCAAGGUCGAGUCGCAGCAAGGCCAGAGAUUCUGGCGUUUGUCCGAGCGCGGUCGCGGCAAGCGGCUGCGCAAACAGCCGGAGCGGUACAUCCCGAGCACACUCCGUGAGGAGCUGGAGGACGACGACACGUCAGACGAUCUCAACAUCAGCUGCGAUAGCGAGGGUGAUGACAAUGAUGACAUCAGCUUGUUGGACGGCAACAGCGAAGAGCCUGAGUCUUCCGUGGACGGUUUUGAGUCGGACAGCAUUGUAGACCCGGACGAGUUCUAG